GCAGCUAGCAGUUAGCAGCGGGUUACAGCCGGAGUGUGUAAUGGCGGCCUCGGUGUUGUUGGGGUCUGCGGAAAGCACCGGACUCCACUUCACGGUCGGAGCCGGCGGCAGCACCGGGACUGCCCACCUGGGGAACACCAACGGACUGGGCCAGGCAGGUCCGGCAUCGUGGAACCGUUCCCUGGAGCGGGCGCUGGACGAAGCCUCGGUAACCGGGUGUGUGAACCUGAGCGGCAGGAAGCUGAAGGAGUUUCCCCGGAGCGCUGCCAACCACGACCUGACGGACACGGUCAGGGCCGAUCUGUCUCGGAACCGCCUCUCAGAGCUUCCUCUGGAGGUCUGCGUCUUCGUGUCUCUGGAGUACCUGAACCUGUACCAGAACUGUCUGAGGUCUCUGCCGGACAGCCUCCUGAACCUGCAGGCGCUCACCUACCUGAACCUCAGUCGGAACCAGCUGUCGGUGAUCCCCCCCGUCCUCUGCAGCCUCCCYCUGAAGGUUCUGAUCGCCUCCAACAACAAACUGGUUUCUCUGCCAGAAGAACUGGGUCAGCUGAGACUGCUCACCGAGCUGGAUGUGAGCUGUAAUGAGAUCCAGACGUUACCCUCUCAGGUGGGUCAGCUCGAGGCUCUAAGAGACCUGAACAUCAGGAGGAACCACCUGAUCCGACUGCCUCCAGAGCUGGCUGAACUUCCUCUGGUGCGUCUCGACUUCUCCUGCAACAAAGUGACUUCCAUCCCUGUCUGCUACCGACGCCUGACGCAGCUGCARGCCAUCGUCCUGGACAACAACCCCCUGCAGAGCCCACCUGCACAGAUCUGCAUCAAAGGAAAGGUCCACAUCUUUAAAUACCUGAACCUGGAGGCCAGCAAGACGACGCCGGAGCUGCCGGAGUUCGACAGACGACCUCUGACCUCCUGUGUUGAGGACGUGUUCGCCGUCCGUGCGUACGGCGCGCUCGACUCCGGCUUCAACAGCGUCGACAGCGGAGACAAGAGGUGGCUGGGUAACGAGCCUUCAGAGGAGCUGUCGGAGCUGCCGAGCAGAGUGGCCGAGAUCAGCAAAGACCAGAGACGUGGAGGAGGAGGACCUGCGCUGCCUAACGGGACCUAUGUGGAGCUGGAGCAGAUAGACUUCAUCGACAGCUGUGUGGAGGAAGAGGAGGAGGGGAAGAGUCGAGGAGGAAGAGACAGCAGCAGCCUCAGCUCUCAGUUCAUGGCCUACAUCGAGAAACGCAUCACGAGAGAGGGUUCUCCUGUGAAACACAACCUGUCCCGGACAGAAGACACAAAGAGACACAGCAGGAGCGUGGUUGAUGGUGUAACAGCUCCCCCUAGUGCCCACAGUCAGAGAGGAGGUUCUGGUUCUGGAGGUGUGGAGAGGAUGAGGAGGGAAGCUCAGCUUGCUGCUCUGAGGUACGAUGAGGAGAGGCAGAAAAACCGCUCCGUGCAAAGAGACGUUGCCUCCAGUUACACAAAGCAUAAAGCUGCUCAGAGUUCUACAAAGUCUGGUCCAGACUCUGAGAAUGCCUACCCCUCCAGACGCUGCACCCACACCGAUGACUCCGCCCUUAUUAUGCAGGGGGAGGACAGAGCUGCUCUCUCUCCUACAGCCAAUCAGUCGCCUUCUUACCCCAGCUCAGGGGGUGGGGCUUCCAGUCGGCCAGCCAGCGGGCGUCCUGACAGCUUCCUGUACCGCCUCGCCCAGAGAGAAGAGAAGAGGAAAGGGGAUGCUUCUGCUGCRUCUCCUCAGAGCCGGGAGGAGGCUCCUGCAGCUCCUCCUCUGCUYGGAGAAGAUGCUGAGUUGGUAGAACAGCUCAGAAAGAACAUCGAGGCCCGUCUCAAGGUGUCGUUGCCUAGCGACCUGGGAGCAGCGCUGACCGACGGAGUGGUGCUGUGUCACCUGGCCAAUCACGUAAAGCCGCGGUCCGUCCCCAGCAUCCACGUCCCCUCCCCCGCUGUGCCUAAACUCACUAUGGCCAAGUGUCGUCGCAACGUAGAGAACUUCUUGGAGGCAUGUCGCAGGAUCGGGGUUCCACAGACCAAGUUGUGUCUUCCUCUUCACAUCCUGGAGGAGCGAGGGCUCCCCCAGGUGGCYGGAACCGUCGGCGCGCUGCUCGACCUGGCCCCGCCCCGACUGUCCGUCACCUCGCCGCCGACGCCAUCUGGACCCUCCGUUGUCAUUUAGAUGCCYCGCCCCCUGCUGCACCUGCAGCCAAUCAGAGCUCACCGUGUUUUCAGCCACCUGUGUGAUGUCACCAGGAGACCUGACGAUGUCAUCAGCAGGAAGAACCACCUGAGUUCUGGUCCAGAUCUGGUUCUGGUCCAGAUGUCUCAGUAAGAGAAAAGAAAAUGUUUUUUUUUCUAGGAAUCAACAAAACAAACCUUUAACUAUUAGAGUUACCUCACAAGUGUUUACUUAGUUUAAACAGAACCGGGCUUCUACAGAACCACUGCAGAACCUCCGUAGAACCUGAACCAGGAUGUGGUCCCACUCUGCUGAAUUAAACCUCCUGAGAUCAUCGUGUGGUUCUGAUGGAGACGAGAACAGAACUAAUCACAACCGGGUCGUCAGACCAAACUUUAAAUGUUCUGGUUCUGACCGUUUGUCCCAAACCCAGUUUGAUCAUGUCAAAGAAUUUAACUAAUCAA